AAACGUCUGGGCAUUAUUAGUUUCUCAAGACAGUCUCAAGUCGGUGGACACAAGUCGCUCUCGGAAGAAGAAAACACAAAAAAAAUGGCCAAAUUAUUUAUUUUGUCGGUUGUGGCUACGGUGGCCCUAGUUCAGGUCUGCUCCGCCGUCCAUUUGGGUGAAGCCCUGAACAACAACAUUCGCCAGCAUCUGAGUUUGUACGACAGCUUUGCGAAAAGUCCUGAUGCAGUCAAGUUCUCGGGAGAUUUGAAAAAGUUAAUGGAAAUUACCGAAGGUGCCUUGAAAAUUGAGAAUGUGGAUGAAAAGGAAAAUACCAUCAACAAUUUGCACACCCACUUCUCGGCCGAUUUCAAUAGCUGGAUUGCCCUGAAAUUGGAAGAGGCUGAGGUCAACGAGGACAUCCAAGGUGCCAUCACCUUCUACUCGCAACUGUUGAAACAAAAAUCCUCCCACGAGGCUGAAAUCAAAAAGACCAUCACCACUUUGGAGACGCUGUUGAAGGAAAAUGAUUUGCAAAAGAAGGAGAAGGAAUAUCUCGGUUUGUCCAAUAACUUCAGUCCUGAAUUUGCUGCCUACCUCAAGACCAGCUCCCUGCCAGUUAUCAAUGAUACUUUGCAAAAAACCAUCAAAUUCUUCGACUCGGUCUUGGCCCAGAAGGAGGGUAAAUUUGUUAAGGAAAUCACCGAAUUGAAGGCCAUGGUUGAGGGUGUCCUGGGUGAGAGUGCCAGCAUUGAAGAGAAGAAUCGUGUCUUGGGUGAGGUUACCAGUGCCAACAACAACAAGGAAUUGCAUGCCUAUUUGACCAAGAAACACAUUGAGUUGUCCUAAAUUGGCGAGAGAGAGAGAAAGAGAUUGUCAUAGAGAAGUGAGAGAGGGAAGUGAUUUCCCCAGUGAUGUGAUCGUUGAGAGGCUAAAUUAUUUAUUUAUGAAAAAAAUGUUUGUUAUUCGAAAAAACACGACAACAACAAAAACAAAAAAUAUACAAAUUGUAUGACAAAACAAAAA